AUGACUACUGCUCGGAGCGGCCGAUCGUGGCAACGGCACUCAGCCUGUAGGCGGCUGUGUAGCACGCGUCCGGCCGCAGCUGCAGGUGGGUGUGUAGUUCGCGGGUCCCUUCGCUGCGGGCUGGCGCAGUGGCCCAGCUGGCAUGCUCACCGAGGGUGCGUCUUCGUAAAAGCCAAAGCCAGCGCAGGAAUGCUGCCUCUGAGCCACGAACAGGCGAUUGCAAUGGAGCGCAAAGCAAUAACGAUACCCGACGUCAGGUUCGAGCAGACGUUCCGCGCAGCGCUGGCGAAGGAAAGCGCGCGGCAGCGGCAGCUGCGGGCGCAGAAGGAGGGCGAGGCGGCGGCGGACGGCGAGGCGGGGAUCAGCGCACUGGUCGUCGCCAAGGUGGUGGUGCGGGACGUCCUGCUGAUGCCGCUGGUGCAGGGCGCGCUGUGGACUGGGCUGCUGAUCACGAUGAAACCGUGGCUGCGCCUGUGCAUGCUGGGCGGGCGGCGCGCGGGCCAGGCGUUCUACCGGGCGCUGGUGGGGGACGUGCGGCCGCGCAUGCGUGCAGCGUAA